UGUGCACUGGUGGGUUAACCUGAGGGUAGACCAGUAAAAUGUGAGUGUGGGGACGCAGUUGUCAGCCAGAUGCUUCAGAGUGAAACCGCUUCAUCAUGAAUCUGCUGCCCUGCUUCAUCUCCUCAAUCUGGCUUCUGCUCUACCUGACAGCGUCUUCAUGCCGAGCCGUUAAUGUAAGUGGCUUCUACGGUGAUGACAUCGUUCUGCCAUGCAAGUAUGACUGGAGAUAUCACGGGAAGUGUGAGAUAUGCUGGAUGAAGGGAGACAUUCCAGCAUCAGGAUGUGGAGAUGAAAUUAUUGCUACAGAUGGAGACAGAGUGACGAGGAGAACAUCAAGCAAAUAUACACUAAGGGGAGACAUUCAAAAGGGAGAUGUGUCUCUGACAAUAAUCAAGGCUGGACAAAAUGACUCUGGGAAAUAUGGCUGCCGAGUGCAUGUGCCCGGAUGGUUCAAUGAUAAAAAAAUUACAGUCCAUGUAUCCCUUGCAGAAGCAGAACCUGUAUCAACAGCAGCACCAGCAGCACCAGGAGAGAAUUCUUCAUUAUCAAGCAGCACAGAGACUGUAACCAGCGAGCCACUGAUCUCUGUGUCCCCAACACAGGGAAACUACACCAACUCAUCUCUUCCUGUGCACAACAGAAAGGAUGAUGACACGUCGUACAAUAUGCUUCCUGGUAUCAUGGUAUCGGUUCUACUGCUUCUGGGUCUGGGGCUUGUGGCUAUUUAUCUCCUGUGGAAGCAAAAGAGAAAAAGCAGGGAGACAUUUGACACAUCCCAGGACUCUGUGCUCUACAGUAACCUGAACGGCAGUGUGGGCCGGAACAGCAGUGUGGGUCUGAACAGCAGAGAGAUGGCAGUGGAGAACGUCUAUCAGAUAGAGAGUGAGAAUGAAUACGAACGAUGGUCAUGAUUAUUCAUGCAGUGAUUGUGAUUACUCAUUCAUUCAUUCAUUCAUUCAUUAAGAAUACAGUGUACGGAUGGUUCAGAUCAUUUUAAAUUAUCACACUUUUUGUUUGUCAGAGACAUUUUGUGGAAUAUAUAUAUUUUCUGGCCGAACUGUCACGACAUGUUUUGCUGCACACGCUUUUAAAAUACAGAAAUGAUACUGACAGUGCGGUCUGCAAAUGUUUUUUUUUUCAGUUUCCUGUCUUACGCAUUGCAGUGUAACUCUUGUAUUUAAUGUUGUAUUACUGUUUUUAAUACUAUUCAGCUCUGCAGUAACAUUAAUUCACUGAUAUGUUUAGUAAUAUACAUAAAUCCUAUUGUCUAUUAUUCACAUGAACUGAUAAGCGAGUUAGAGUGUUUAUUUAGAGUAUGGCAGUGCUUUUUGAUUUUACAUUUGAUCUCUUGACUUUUGUAUAUUUUUUUAGAGGAAACACAGUUCUGUUUAUUACCAACAUUAAAAUACUACAUUUGAGCAUUGUAACAGCAUUAUUUAUCAUCAUUUAUAUCUGUCCCUUUAUACUUUCAAUGACCCAUACGCAAAUUGUCAACAGUGUCAGUAAAAAGUUUGGACACACCUUAAA